GCGACUCGGUGGGGGAUUUGGUGGCGUUGCUUUUGCGCGGAUGGAGGGAGCAGCUGCUGAUCUCUGACACAUUCUCUUUUCCCCCCAAGCACCACUGCCAUAUUGUACCGGGACGUGUUUCAUGCCGAAAAAAAUAGUUAAAUGGGUCCAGUAACUGGAAUGACUCCAGAUAAGAACAUAGAAACUCCAGGAUCUGAGAAGGUUACAGGAUUAAUUCACAUUGACACUAUGGGUAGCCUUCCAGAAGAGGUUGGUGCAGCCAGGCCCAAGGCUUCAGCAGUAGACUGUGGGCCAGCAGAUGAAGAACUUACAAACUUGAACUGGCUUCAUGAGAGUACAAAUUUGCUUAACAACUUCAGUCUGGGAAGUGAAGGACUUGCACCAGGUGGUUCCUUGUAUGACAUUGAAGGUGACAACUCAUCAGGAUGUCAGAAUACCGACAAGUCAUCAACUUCUACAAAGCCUCCUUAUUCUUUCAGUCUUCUCAUAUAUAUGGCAAUUGAACACUCUCCCAAUAAAUGUCUGCCUGUCAAAGAGAUCUAUAGCUGGAUUCUUGAUAGAUUUCCCUAUUUUGCAACUGCUCCUACUGGUUGGAAGAACUCAGUCAGACACAAUCUUUCCCUAAACAAAUGUUUUCGAAAAGUUGAACGAAGUCAUGGAAAGGUGAAUGGAAAAGGUUCAUUAUGGUGUGUUGAUCCAGAAUAUAAACCUAAUCUUAUCCAAGCACUGAAGAAGCAGCCAUUUUCUGCAGCACUUACACUGUACACCCCUCCUGCCUCACCUACAGGUGCGUCAUCACCUCCGCAUUUCUUAAGUUCUAUGCUGAAACAGAACCAUGGAAGCUCGGCAAAAGAUUCUGACAUUGAUGCUGCCACUGCAAUGAUGCUCUUAAACAGCUCUAUCAAGCAAGAAGCAUUAGAUUGUGUUUGCUGCAACAUUAGAGAGAAUGUGAAGCUGGAGGUCAUUGACGGUCAGAAACCUCAGCCUCUCAAAGUGGUGUUGCCUAAGAAGCGCAGCUAUGCUAGUGCAUUCAAACACCAUGCUUCUCUAUCCCUUCAAGAAAAUGAUUCUGCAGUUAUUAACAUUGAUCCAAAGGAAGAUCACAACUAUAGUGCUAGUGGUACAGACUCCCAGCGAUGUGACUCCCGGUCCAGUGUGUCUUCCCUGUCCUCUGUCGAUGAGGUGUAUGAAUUCAUCCCAAAGAACAGCCGGGCAGGAAGUGAUGGCAGUGAAGGUUUCCACAGCGAGGAUGAUACAGAUAUUGACUGUGAAGACAACACGCUUGGAGAUAGUGGCUAUACAUCCCAGCCAUGUGAAGAUACCUCCAGCAAAGAUUUGCAAAUCAAAAAACAACGGAAAGAAGCAUGUCAAGAUAUUGAUGAUGAGCUAAAAGAAGCUGCUGGUUCCUUGCUCCAUCUGGCUGGCAUACGCACAUGCCUGGAUUCACUUUUAAAAACUGCUAAAGCCCAUUCCCAGAAGCAUAGAAAAUAGCGAAAUGGCCAGCCUACCCAAUUUGUUUUGUUUUCCCCCCAUCCUCUUCUCCAGCGUGGCAAUACUCUUCAACUAUGGUUCUUCAAGCAGGAGAUCAAAGCCAUAAAUAACUUGAGGCUUAUUUUUUGUAGCUAGUUCAGCCUAUUUUCCCUCCCUAAUAUUACUGCCUUAGGAAAAUUUACAGAAUUGUUUUCAUUGCAGCCUGGAAUCUACAAUAUGCUAAUGACCCUUAAUAAGAUGUUUGCCUCAUCCAAAUGUAAUCUUUUUAAGCAAAAUGAGGUUUUCAAUUGUAAUUUAACCCUGCAUGAAGGCUGCUUCCUUGCAUUACUAUUUUUUGCAAACCAAUGACAUAAAAUGGACUGCUGAAUGCACAUUUAUGCCAUAAUCCGAUAAAGUGAUAAAAAUAGCAGUGUUAGUGAUACAUUUGCCAACUAUUUAUAUUAAAAAAAAAAAAAAGAAAGAAAAAAAUAUAAUAUGGUGCAUAAUGCACAAAAGAAAUGUAAUAUUUGUAAACAAGUUAGUUUUUAUUUUAUCCCUUUCUUCCCAUAAUGUUUUAUUUUUCGUGCUUGGACUAUAAAAUGGUUUUAUUAUAAACACAACCAGCUACAGUCACUGCGAUCUUAUAAUCCUGUUACUGACCUUCAUGCAUAUAGGAAAAAGUGUGCUUGUGCUCCCUGAAAGGACACACAUUUGUGUAUUAUUUACUUAUAAACACAUCCCUGGCAUUUCAUAUAUUAUAUCAACUCAGGUCUGGUCUGUUGCUAUGCUAUACCUUUUGUGAAAUGUAGUGUAAAAUAAUUGCAUGUUAGUUAUAAUAUGGUUUUUAAUAGUGCAUACCAUUGAAAGAUUAAGAAAAAUUUAAACUUCAAAUCUUUAUUUUUAAAGUAAGCACUUAAAUAAGAUACGUUUUGAUUAAAAUGAAUAAUUGCUCCCCGAAAGAAGCAAACAUAAUGACGGCGCUUUACCUUUAAGAAUCUACAUAUGUCAAUGUCCUCUUAAGAGAGAACAGUAUAUUCCUUACCAACAAAGUUCAAAACUGUAAAAUAAAUGUGAUAAAACAUCUUUUUUUAGAUGUUAUCUAAUCUACAGGAUUUGUGAAAUUACAUUUAGCUACACACUGUAACCAAUCUGCUUGAUAAACAUAGGCACUUAGUACUGCAAUAUUUAUGCCGUAAGUAUAGGAAAGCCGUGAAUACUUUUGGAUCUAUAAUAUAUUUGCAUUUUGUAAUCUGAUUAUCUCACUUUUCAGGUAACUAAUUUUUCAGUCACUGCCGUAAAUUUAUUACAUUGGUUAUAGCUAGUUCUUUGUAUUUUUUUUAAUCCGUACUUUUAUUUUUCCUCUGCCAUGUUUGAUCCAGAACAAACUGUAUUUCAUAAAGUGUAAAUUCUCAUAUUCAGUAGUCUGUUGCAGCUAGGUUUAAAGGGACACUGAACCCAAAUGUUUUUUUUCUUUCGUGAUUCAGAUAGAGCAUGCAAUUUUAAGCAACUUUCUAAUUUACCCUUAUUAUCAAUUUUUCUUCAUUCUCUUGGUAUUUUUAUUUGAAAAGCAAGAAUGUAAGUUUAGAUGCCGGCACAUUUUUGGUUAACAACCUGGGUUGUUCUUGCUCAUUAGUGGAUAAAUUCACCCACCAUUAAACAAGUGCUGUCCAGGGUACUGAACCAAAAAUUGUCUGGCUCCUUAGCCUAGAUGCCUUCUUUAUCAAAUAAAGAUAGCAAGAGAAUGAAGAAAAAUUAAUAGGAGUUAAUUAGAAAGUUACUUAAAAUUGCAUUUUCUAUCUCAAUCACGAAAGAAAAAAUGUGGGUUCAGUGUCCCUUUAAAGGUUGUGGUGCCUUUUAGAUUGUAUGCAUUUGAUGUUUCGUAUAAGCAAACCUAAUCACAAAGUACCUCAAAUAAAUGCUUUUAGAAAUAGGAAGUAAUCUGCAUUCUGCUUGUUAGUGAAGCUGCAUGAGAAUUGUUACAUUAAUCACAUUUUAAUCUGCCCUGUGGAACAUAAACAUUUCCAUUUGCUGGUCCCUUGCAUAUAAGUGCGUUCUUAUAGCCUUAGUACAGCAUAUACUAAAAUGUAUGAAGUUUGGUUAUGAACGUUAGCUAUUUUUUCCCUUAGAUCUUCAUAUGUGUUUAUCUUAUAUCAUGUAACAUCAAUCGCUGUUUUGUGAGCAAACUCCCCCUUCCAUACUAAGCCUAUGCUUGGGAAAUAUCAUGUGCUUCCUGUUUUAUGUUACAUCUUAUGUAACUUUAGCACAGACAGUUCUUCUGUCUACCACUCCGUUUUUCUUUGCAUUUUUUUCAUACACAGUAUAAACAAAUUGAUAUUUUGUUCGGUGACUAAUAAUUUAGUGGGCAUGGAUUAAACUAUUUGGAUAGUUUAUAAUGUGUAUAAAACAUUCAUUCACGUAAAAAAUUGAGAGUGUACCCUAUUUUGAGUUAAGCAUUUGACUCCCUUACUAUUUGAGUGCCUGUUUAUCCUGAAAUUGAACUGUGAGCAGUUUACAGUCACAUUUGGUUGUAUUUUAUUUGUGUGUGUUUAUGCAGUUAUUCUCUCAAAUUACUAUCACUGGGAUGUGUGUCUUAAAAGAAGCGCCACUAUUGAAGUAGAAGCUAAUGAUAUAAACUGAAGAAGGAAGCUACUGUUAUUUCUAUUCACUUUCUUUAAACAUUGCAUUCUGGUAGGCUGGCUCCCACUGACGCUGUAGUUUGCCCCUUAAACCGACAGUAAAGACAAAAUUAAACUUUUAUGAUUCAGAUAGAUUAUGCAGUUUUUAACAACUUUCUAUUUGCCUUUUAUAAUCAAAAUCACUUUGUUUGUUUGGUAUCCUUUGUGAAAUAGUAAACCUAAGUAGGGUCUUAGGAGCUCAGGAGCGUGCAAGUGUCUUUAGCAGUCUAUGGGAGCAGCGUUUGUAGCACUGUUACACUGCUGUCAUAGAUACCAAAAGAACCAAGCUAAUUUGAUAAUAGAAGUAAAUUUGGAAAGUUGUUUAAAAUUGCAUGCUACAGCAAGUUAAUUUAUACACACAGAUUCAUUUUCAGACUUAUUUUGUUAUACUGUUUUAUGAAUAUGUAUCAUAAAAUGCAAAGCCAUCAUUUUAAGUAAAGCUACACAGCAAAACUUUCCUUAUACCAGCUGUGUAAAAAUGAUAUCUUUACUAAUAAAUGUUUGUUGCCUUACUUAAAGGUUACUACAUGAUGCUAGUCUCUGAUGUUUGCAGAUAUGCCAUUUCCCUUCUUUGUGCCUAUGGUAGGUCUGAAUUCUUAAAGGGCCAUUAUAGUUUUAAAUUGCAUGCUCUAACCCUUUUGCGGGAGUUAAACACAUAGCAUUACGGUGUCACUAGUGUUAAAAUGACAUGCUAGAGCAGAGUAGAGCAUGUCAUUUUAAUACUGUAAUGGCCUUUAAAAUAAAAAGUGGAUUCAUACUACUGGAAUGCAACUAAUGUAAUUCUUAAUACCUAUGUCCUGGUGGUGGCAGCGUCUUUUUUUUUUAUUUUUUUUUUAUUUUUUUAUUAGGUGCUUCUAAUAGAUUUGCCCUAUUUUGAUAUUUACCUUUGCUUCAUUCUCAGAAUGUUCUCCUCUUUCUUCUAAAUCUUUUACAACUGCACAUACUAGUCACACAAUCAACUGAUCUGUUGAUUGGCCGAUCUGCACACAUUAUUUUCUAGAGGAGGCACAGAUACAAGUUUUCUUUGGUGCAUAACCCUUUUAAAAGGGUUAACACAUAGGCAGAAGAGGAUAUUUAAAACCAUUAUAAUAAACCACUCCAAUGUAAUGGAGCACUUUAAUUUGUUUGGUUAUGAUGGGGGGGUUUAAGCCAUAUUUCCUGUCAUUUUAAAUUUAAAGAAUAUUUUAAUUCCCUCUUGGAUGAGACAUUGUUUACUUCCUUACCAAUUCCUUUAUUGUUCCCUCAUAAUCUCUCUCCUGACCACACCAUCCUCUCCGUACAUACCCUCCUCUUAUUCCGCUAAUGAAGAUUUACUUUGAUGAAGCACUCAGUGCUAGAGAAGUUCUUUAACGCAAUCUUAGUUUGGAGUUAGCCUUUGUAGACUACCAAUAAAUGCAUUAACAAGUUAUAAUUAUUUCCAGAAGUACCAGUAUCUAAGAAUA